GCCUUUUUUUUUUUGGCUACUUUUAAGUAUAAAGGAUAAGUUCUUCUUGUAGCUCUGGAUGGGGAAGGCUUGGAAAUACUUCAGAAAAUUCACUUUUUUUCUUUGAACACCCUUUCUCCCCGGUGUGAUUGCGCUGGCGUUUCUGUAUCAAAAGGAUCGGACUGUCGGCAAUUAACCAUGAUCCUUGUCUUCAUCCGAGCUUUGAAUCCAGUGGACUAUUGAAUAGGCAAAUAAAACCGGCUGGUUCAGGAAGAUGACUGACUUUCUAAUUUCAUUAAGGGGGAAGACUGAGGCAGGUAGACAUCAAGAGGAAGGAGGUGAAUUUAUUUUAUGCUCAGCCCCCGAGAUGCCUGAAUUGGCAGAGAGAUGAGCUGGGAGCAGCCCCCAGCCUUGCUGCCAGGCCCCGUACCUGCAAUGCAGCGCUGUGCCUCUGCAGCUAGGUGGUGGAGGCAGAGCCCUCCUCUUCCUCGCUCCGGCACAAAGCUGCGCUGCCUUCCCGGAGAACCAGCCCCUCCGCCUGCUGCUCAUGUCCCCCCUGCCUCCCCGGCAGCCUGCCGUCUGAUUUUUUUUUUUUUUUUUUUUUUAAUGGCUCUUUCGAAAACUAUUGGUCUGUCUUCAGGAAUAGCUUUAUCAAUGGGAGGCCGCGCUUCGUGCAGUGUGUUCUCUUCCAGACCCGACACUCAGCAUCGGGGUCCUGCUGCUCAUUCGGAGAAUGAUCUUCCCGAGCAGGAGGAGGAAAUCCUGGGAUCAGAUGACGAUGAACAAGAGGAUCCAAAUGAUUACUGCAAAGGUGGUUAUCACCUUGUGAAAAUAGGAGAUCUGUUUAACGGACGAUACCAUGUGAUUCGGAAGCUUGGAUGGGGCCACUUCUCCACUGUGUGGCUCGCUUGGGACAUCCAAGGGAGGAGGUUUGUGGCAAUGAAGGUGGUGAAGAGUGCAGAGCACUACACAGAAACAGCACUGGACGAAAUCAAGUUGCUAAAAUCGGUGCGCAACAGUGACCCAAAUGAUCCAAGUAAAGAAAGAGUUGUUCAGUUGUUAGAUGACUUCAAGAUUUCGGGAGUUAAUGGUUCCCAUAUCUGUAUGGUGUUUGAAGUUCUAGGCCAUCAUCUCCUGAAGUGGAUCAUCAAGUCAAAUUAUCAGGGGCUUCCGCUCCCUUGUGUCAAAAAGAUCAUCAAACAGGUUCUUCAGGGUCUGGAUUACUUGCACACAAAAUGUCGAAUCAUUCAUACGGAUAUUAAACCUGAGAACAUUCUUCUAUGCGUUAACGACCAGUAUAUCCGCAGGCUGGCUGCAGAAGCAACAGAGUGGCAGAGAUCGGGGGCUCCCCCACCGUCUGGCUCUGCAGUGAGCACUGCGCCACAGCCAAAACCAGCUGACAAAAUGUCAAAGAAUAAGAAAAAGAAGUUGAAAAAGAAGCAGAAACGGCAGGCCGAGUUGUUAGAGAAGCGAAUGCAAGAGAUAGAGGAAAUGGAGAAGGAAGCAAGCCCCGGGCAAACACAGCCUGAAGAGGAGGAAGAAGCUCAGAGCCCCCUGGAAAUGCUCAUAAAAGUUCCACCAGAGGAAAAUGUCAGCAAAAAGACAGCUGAAGCCGUUGUACAAGAGCAAUCUGUUCUGAUGGAAAGCAGCGUGGAAAAAUGUGUUACAGAAAUAAAUUGCAACGGAGUGAUACAAAUGACGGACUUCCCGGACUCCGGCAAUCAAGGGUCUGUGCGACUUGAGGAUGACCUUCAUAAUGCCAAUGACUGUGGCGAUCACCCUCACACGCAGAAGGGGAACUUCCGUAGUUGUAAUUACAGUCAGCGUAAUGGUGACUCGGAGAACAGGCCUCAAGAAGGAAUGUCGGACUCGUUCGUGCCCUUAGUUUCAGAAGAUUCCAUGGUGUGUCAGCCCACGUCCAACGAAGAGCGCUCAUUCAACGAGCAGGAGAUAAACCACUUGCAAGAAAGCAUCCGGACAGAGAUACCUUCAGAGGAUGAGAAUGAGAAUAACAGCCCGUCGGACAACAAAGGAAAAUCAACUGCUGGGAAUUUCCUUCUUAAUCCUCUUGAGCCCAAGAAUGCAGAUAAGCUCAAAGUGAAGAUAGCUGACCUAGGGAAUGCCUGCUGGGUGCACAAGCACUUCACUGAAGACAUCCAGACGAGACAGUACCGAUCCUUGGAGGUGUUGAUAGGGUCGGGGUACAACACCCCUGCUGACAUCUGGAGCACGGCGUGUAUGGCCUUUGAGUUAGCGACAGGAGACUAUCUGUUCGAGCCGCAUUCUGGGGAAGAUUACUCACGGGAUGAAGAUCACAUUGCAUUGAUCAUAGAACUUCUGGGGAAAAUACCUCGCAAGCUCAUUUUGGCAGGAAAAUAUUCCAAGGAAUUUUUCACCAAAAAAGGUGACCUGAAGCACAUCACCAAACUGAAGCCCUGGGGCCUCUUUGAAGUCUUGGUGGAAAAAUACGAGUGGUCCCAAGAGGAGGCAGCUGCAUUCACAGACUUCUUAUUGCCCAUGUUGGAGCUGAUCCCGGAGAAACGAGCUACGGCAGCAGAGUGUCUCAGGCACCCCUGGCUUAACUCCUAGAGGCUUCAACCCGACGCCACAGCACUACACUCUGGUUUACAGCGUAGCGUACGCGCACCCAGCUGCCCCUUCCCAUUUCCCCCCCCCCCCCCCUUUUCCUUGUUCAUUUUCAGUGUGAAGUUCUUCCUUCGAGGCUUCCAAGGAUUUUAGAUAAACCUAACCUGUUCUGCUGAGUUUGCUUGUGUGACUCGAUGGGGACUCUCCUCAGCCGGUGGGCGUCAUCUGUGUUUUGCCUUGACUGGGCUUCGCCAAAGACUAAUUGACGAGAAUAUGAAGUUUUUCUUGAGUCUCCUCACCGUUACGCGCCGUGUGUUACAGCUGUGAGCUCACCUGUGCUCGGAUAUGCUCCCUUAGCUAAAUUUCAACUCUCCUUUCUUCCUGAGGGGGACGCGAAGAUCCCAACGCCUCCUUAUCUCACUGACUCGGGAGCCAGUUUCCCGCUGUUGAUCCAGUAGCUAGCAAUGGGGUGAGAAGUAACGGAUGGCACCGAGGUGCUGUUAGUUCCUUGUAGAGCAAAGACCUCGAAAUCCUCCAUUUUCUGGGUGUCCGCUGUAUUCACGUAACUUUUCCUUAGUUCUAGCAGCUUCAAUCUUUUGAAAAGAGCUAUUUAAACCUAGGUUUUAGUAUCCUUUAUUUCUUCCUCCAAAAUGCCCUGCCCCUUUACUUUUUCCUUCCUUGUGCCCGGAUAGUCGGAAUAGUUUCGGAACUCGGUGACAUUUUCUACUUUAAUGCCUGUGCCUGUGACUAAAAGGUGACAAGCGCAAUAGGCGAAAGCUGGAACUGACUCAACGCACAAUCUUCAGCAGACAGAUGGGUGCGCCCUUUGGCUGCGGAGGUGGCCUUGUUGCAGGCAACUCUUCUAACAUUUUAGUGAGCUCUUACGUUUUUGGGGGGUUGUGGUUUUUUGGGGGUUUUUUUUUAUCCCUUACGGGCACUUUUUUGCCUUGCUUGAGGCGGUUGCUGUAUCCGUGAGAGAUUGGCUUUCACUGCUGCAGUCUGCUCUGCCUCUUAAUUUUUGACCAUUCGCUUCUUCCCAAGCAUCUGGAUCACAGCCACGCUAUCGCCCUUGACUCUGAAAAUCAACACUUGAAGGCCCGCUGUAAAAGAUUUCUGUUUCCUUUCACUUGCUUCAGGUGCUGGCCUUCGGAAAUAACUCCCCAGGGUGGGAAUGCCUUUUAUUUUCUGGGCCACUAGCACAAGGCGAGCUCGCAGAAGUGGAACUUUUCUAUGUAGAUACUGGAUUAGAAGCUGUUUCUGGAGUUACCCCAAGUUAAAAUGUUCUGUGGGGUUUCUAUAUAAGCUUCUUGGAGGGGUUUGGAUAUAAUGAGUAAAUGGGUUAAUUUUAAUUAAAUCACUGUGGCGUUUGAUAGUUCUAUGAUGGCUUCUUCUAGACUUGCCCGUCCUGUUACAGAUUCAGUGCAUCCUGCUCUGCUCUAAAGCAAGAUUUGGCAGCGUUGAGACUUCAGAGGCGCUUCCUUACCCUGGACCAAACUGGCCUUUGGAUUCGUGGUGGCUCCCGGAGGACAGAAGCCGCUGCUGGAGGCCACCCAGAUGCUAUCUGAGACAAUGACAUUACCAAAGCUGCCAAGACUACUGUUGCGUGUCACUUCUGUAUGUGUGUUUGAAAAUCCUGGUUCGUAAGGAUCGUUCAUUCAUGAACCUUGGUGUCAUUUAAUCCACUUGAAAAAGAGUUUCUCCGGUCCGGUGCCUGAUUGGGCUUAUUAAUGCAAAUCAUGCUGCAUGUUCUUUUAGGGGUAGAUCAGGUUCUCUAUGCAUAUAAUCUAAAAUUAAAGGAAGGUAACAUACCAAAAGAGUUUUAAACUGCUGAUUUGACUUUUCAUCCCCCUCCCCCCCCGCCCCCUUUCAUCUGGAGUUCUCCGGUUGUGUGUCACUUCCAUAUCUGUUACAGAAGCGCUGCAGGCGGGACUGGGUUCCACAAUACCUCCUGUCGACGUCCUGUGAAGAUACAUUGGCAGGGGCGAACAUUUUCUGUUGUCUUGAGAGCUCACCCGCUCCUGUGUCCUGGCUGAUUAAAGAACUUUGCCUCCAAGGGCUCUGCUUCGACUCCCAGAGCUCCUUCCCUUCCCUCUGCCCGCCCCCCCCCGACCGGGGGAGGGAUUUUACCGUGAGAUCCGAGGCUGGAGCCAGCUUGUGAGUUGAAGACCUGCAGAAGCGGCUGUCGGGAUUCAGUCUUGUACCGUGUGCUCGUUCACUUGGGGUUUGUUAAACUUCCAAAUUGCCGUAAAGUGCUCACACUAAAGGAUUUGUACUUGCUGUGUCAGUCUAAAACCUGAAGGAAAAUACAUUUUUAUUCUUUCUA